AUGACCGACAAAGCGAUUCAGAUCGGGUUUCCCGCUGAUGCGAAUGAUGAUGAGCUUGAAGCCGCAGAGGGAUCAGGCGCAUUCACAGACUUGAACUCUUUUUGUGCUGUAUCUUCUUUGACUGCUGUGGCAGCUGUCACAACACGGACCACAGAAAUGUCGGUAUUCUUUGCUUGUGUUCGCCUUCGGCAAAUUACUUCAGUGAUACACACCACAUUUCAAGAGAAGAGAAUUGUUGGUCAUGACAAGAAUCACAUCACAGCCAGGGGAGCAGUUUAUGCCAAAUUAGAUGAAUUGCUCAGAGAGUUACAAGGAUGGCGCAAAUCUGCCCCUGUUUUUGAGAAUCCAUCGUGUCUUUACGAAAUGCAAGAAUGGUACGACCUCUUGUGUUUAAGGGAAAGACUCAUAUUAGCUCGGAAGGCUUUAGACCUUGUCCCGAAGCAAAACAAUACACCACCAAAAGAUCUCGUGGUCCUCUGCUUACAUUGUGCAGUCGGUGCCAUCACGAUUUUCUGUCAGCUUUUCCAGAGCAAGAAAAUCACCUUCACUCGGAGCUAUUUUCAAAUGCUUUAUACUGGUGGUCUAUCUAUUAUGUUUUGUCUCUCUGUUAUAAAGGAACAUGACCUAGAGACCAUCCGUGAAGCAAUCAGUGCCAUUACGCAUGGCCAGACUGCGUUAAAGCAAAUGGGGGAAGAAAUGCCGGAUGCAAAGCGCUACGUGGCGGUCUAUGAAGCACUGCGUGACAAUGUUCUUCGCAAGUGCAAUCGUCGUUCUCAAGGGUGCUUUUCUUCGAUGAUUCUGGAGCCUCUCCACUCUACCAUGCAUGAUCCAAACUACCAUGGCCCUUCCAUGUCUUCAUCAUCAUUUCCAACCGAACAAUUUCCUCCGUCCCACGACUCUGCUCUCUUUGGUAUGUCAGGCUCAUUUAAUAGUGGUCACGAGUCGGUCAGUCAGUAUCCCAAUGCUGAGAUCAACCCUUCCAUAUCGGAUGGUUCUACUUUUUCUUGGGGACUAUUCAACGAAGAUGCUCUGUGGAACAUGGAAGCCGGGCUGAACGAGUACGCCUAUGGAGAUCCGCCUGCAACAUUGUAUUCAGACGAUCCAUUUGACAUACACAUGUUCCAAUAA